GGAGGAGGAGGAGCUCGGACAUCGGUGGUGAUAACUGGCCACCGUUCUGUCGCCUGCGCUUUUAUCGUCUGCUCCACGCCGUGCGCUCGCCGGCGGUCCAACUGCGGAUUUACCGACAUGGCUGUCCCGGGAGGCUCGUGCGCAACUUGACGGGGAAAGCAAAGCCUGUUCUUUCGACGGAAGACCAUGGAAGCGUGGUUUCUGAGUCCCGCCCUGGGACUGUCUCUGUCCGUGCUCUUGCUGGGUGUCCCGGGGCUCCUCAGGGCGGCAGGGACCCCCAGCAACCGCAGCGAGGGAGCGGGGACCACCGGAGGCUGGUCGCCUCAGACUGCAGCGCGGGCGGAGACGAGCAGCUGGGAGUAUACCAACGUGACUUCGGCGAGCAGCGAAAGUUUGUCUCCAUCCCAGAGAAACCUGCUGCUCACGCACACGGAGGGAGCGGAGACGGCUGCAACCCUCGAAAGAGAAAUGACCACCAGAUCAUUAGACACAGCAGGUUCAUCCACAGAACCUCUCACCUCCACCGGGGUCCACACGUCUUCUAGCCAAGUUUGGACAGACCUCCUUCAGACGGACGCCAUGCCUGUGGUCACCCCUGCUGUCACUCUGACUGUGACGCCCUCAGCAAAGAUGGAAGACGCCAGUUCACCGCGGGAUAGCCUGGAAGGCGCCACUGGUCACACCAGCGCUGUGUUCUCACAACCUGAUGCCCGCAGCGAGGGCAGCUACAUGUCCACCACCGUGAGCCGGGCCGGAGAAAGAACCCUGCUGUCUGUCACCUCUAAUGGCAGCACCUACUCUGUGUUCACUGAGGACUCCACAUCCCAUCGUCCGCCUCCGUCCGCCUGGAGUUACCCUGCUGUCAGGAGGGUGGAGACAGAGGACUACACUAUCAGUGCACCUUCCACUCUGCCUGACAGCAGGGACACGACCGAGCCCCACGUCACUCUGUCUUUCACUUCGGAGAGUGGCAGUCCAGAGGAGUCUACAGGGACACGGACUUCUUCUGGGGUGCUGAACUUUACUACGCUUGAUUCUAUAUCGACUUCAGGUUCUUCAUCGAGCUCUUCUUCGAGCUCUUCUUGGAGCUCUUCAUCAGGUUCUUCAUCGAGCUCUUCUUGGAGCUCUUCAUCCGGCUCUUCUUGGAGCUCUUCAUCCGGCUCUUCAUGGAGCUCUUCAUCAGGCUCAACAUCAGACUUGACGUCCGACUCCACUCCAGACACCACAUCAAACGCGUUUCCAGACACAACAUCAAACUCCACUCCAGACUCCACAUUAACUCUGAAGGUGACAACAUCCAACACAGACCGUUCUGAGGCGUCGUCUUCAUCCACUCCUCCUGUGAUCUCACCUGCUGGAGCUCCGACUGAACCAUAUCGUAGUUAUAGUUCCAGUAUUGGAUUCUCCACCGAGUCGUCCCUCGCCACUUUAAACCCGAGAACUGUGGACACCACUUUCCAGACCGUGGCCGAUGUCGACCUCCCUCUGACGACUUCCAUACCUGUGGUCAGCAGUAGCACAACAGACCUGGACCGACCUCAGACGGCUGUUCUAACUGAGGUCUAUCCCACCACCGUGACACCAACACAGAGAUCCCAGACCACAGAGGAGGAGACGUUUGCACCCACCCCCCCUUCCACCACGGCACCCGCUACCACCACCAUCCCACUUUCACCUGCGACCUCAACCUCCAGCUUUAAAAGCACCACUGAGGCUGGCGUUCCACAGACAGCAUCCUCCACUUCUGCUGCCAGUCUGACCCCGCAGACCUCCACAGUGACCCCUGCUGUCUUCCCGUCGCCAACACCUCAGCUCGAACCUGUCACGUCCAACCCGACGACCAGUCCCACUCUGAUGGUGGAGCCCUCCACCAUCCCGCCUGGUGUUACCACAGUGAGUGGGCAGAGAACCACCGCCAGUGCUACCUGGACUCCAACCACCACUCCUUCCACGGCUGGGACACUGACCACCACCAGCAGGGCUGUGACAACAACCCCAAGAGAAGUCCGUCUGACUAAAGCCACACCACCACCAGGAAACCUUUGUGUGUCAAACCCGUGUAGGAAUGGAGGAAUGUGCCUCAGCUACAGAGGAAAUGAGUUCACCUGCCGCUGCCAGCAAGCGUGGACUGGACCCACAUGCAGUCAGGAUGUGGAUGAGUGUGAGACGGACCCCUGCCCAGUCGGCUCGAGGUGCGUGAACACGAGAGGGUCCUUCAGUUGUGAGUGUCCGCUGGGCCUCGACCUGGAGGACGGACGGUCCUGCACCAGAGCGAAAACAUUCCUGGGAACCUUCAGUGUCAACAGACUCUCCCACGACCAGGUUUUCUUCAAAAGCGCCGCAAUGCAUGAGCUCCAGAGAGAGAUUCUCCUGCUGCUGAACGCCUCGCUGUCUGUCACCCGAGGUUACAGCCGCUCCACCCUCAGUAAAAAACAAGUGGAUGGAGUUCACAUAUUAGCCAUCAGCAUGUUUUCCAUCUCCACUGAUGUGACCAGUGCCGAGGUCUUCAACAGCAUCCAGAUGUCUCUCCGAAACUGCAGCUCCUCUGUCCCUCACUGCCGCAUGGUCCUGCAGCACCAGCUGACAUAUCAAGCGGAGAGUCUGUGUUUGGCCCAGAAGAUGCAGUGUGACACGGAGCGUUCGACCUGCACAGAUGUCAGCGGCACGGCAUCUUGUCAGUGUCUACAUGGAUACUACAAACACAAUCCUGAAGACUUGUCCUGCUUGGAGUGUGGUGACGGUUUUAAGUUGGAAAACGGCACCUGUGUCCAGUGCAUGUUUGGAUUUGGAGGCUUCAACUGUGGAAAUUUUUACAAGCUGAUCGCGGUAGUGGUGUCGCCUGCAGGGGGCGCUCUGCUCCUCAUCCUCAUCAUUGCGCUCACAGUGACCUGCUGCAAGAAGGACAAGAAUGACAUCAACAAAAUCAUCUUCAAAAGCGGCGACAUGCAAAUGUCCCCGUACACGGACUUCCCCAAGAGCAACCGCAUCUCCAUGGAGUGGGGUCGGGAGACCAUCGAGAUGCAGGAGAACGGAAGCACGAAGAAUCUUCUGCAGAUGACGGACAUCUACUAUUCACCGGCGUUGCGCAACUCCGACUUGGAGAGAAACGGUCUGUACCCGUUCACCGGUCUCCCAGGGUCUCGGCACUCGUGCAUCUACCCGGCAACGUGGAACCCAUCCUUCAUCAGCGACGACUCCAGAAGGCGAGACUACUUCUGAGGUUCCGGCCCGUAGCUUGACGUGACUGCCGAGCGCCGCAUCAGUCCCUGUACCAGUCUGAGCUCAUGUAAAUGUCAGUGUCUGACUUUUGCAAGGUAAAUGUUUGGAGGUCACUGUUGCUGGACCGUUGCUGGCGUUUUGCAUGUUUUUGCUCAUUUAACUCCCAUGUAGUGCUGGCAUGACUUUCCAGGACAUGAUAUGUCAGAGAGUCUGUCAACACUUGCUCGGUUCCACAAAGAUAAAAACGGUUAAGUAGAACAUGUUUUAAAAAUGGCGGCCCCUGUUCGCCCUCUUUAAUACAGUGCCAUGAUUCAGUACUGAUGCCGUGCGCCAUCUCUGGAAUUGUUGACUGUCUUCAAACGCCACCAAACCUGCGCGCUCCACUGCUGUAUUGUCGCCGGAGACUAAAUUAUUAUUUGAGCUUGUCAAUAUUAAACCACUAGCAGAGUUUAUUUAUUUACUAAAGUCCACACUGAUCCAAACUGUGUUUGUAUGUGAGAAGUAUGUGUUGUUUUUGUAGUAUUACUAUAGCUAUAAAAUGUGUUAUAAUUUUCUUUUUUUAAUAUUUGGUUGCUCAAUAAUUGUCGUGAUUCUGGCGUUUUAGUCAGAUGUGGUUAUUUAAAUAAAGACUUUGCACAGAA